AAAUUGUUUGACAGCAGGCUCUUGAAAUAACCAAGCGCAAAAAAUUUAGUUUUUUGGCUUUGUUAUAUAGAUUAUGGAAUAAAGAAACAACGCAUUGAGGAAUAAGAAUUAAGAGAUCUAAAGUCGAUAGAGGUUAUCGGUGCGUUGCUGUAAUUUGAGAACCCAUGUGCUGCUGUAAUGGAUUCUACUAAUGUGCAAGUGGUUUCAUUUGACGACGAACAAAUAAUUGCUGUUGGACUGGCUCUUAGAGCUGUAGCGGACCAAGUUUUCGAAGAACCCAAGCAGGAACUCGUUUCGUACGAACCGGAGGAAGUAGUCGAACUUCUAAGUGAAUCUGAAAAUGCCGGCGAUGAAGACGAUGGAUCAGAUUGUGAAAUAUUUGGAAAGAUAUGUACUAAUACAGAAAAUGUUUCGGAAAAUACCCCAACCGAUUUUGUUAUACCAUUUGUUAUCAAAACUGAUGACAUUCAACCGACGCAUGAAGUAUUAGAGGAAUUCGCUAAUCAAGCAGUAUCACAGAACAAUGAUGUUCAGUUAAAUAACGUAAGUCGCAAAGAAGCCGGGAUACAAAUUGCAUCGCGUUUAGAUUCAUACAACGAAAUCAUCGAAUUGGAUGAUAGUGACAAUGAUUUAGUUUGUGAUGAUAAUGGUUCACAUAACAAAAAUUGUGACAAUAAUUCUGAACUUUCAGAAGAAGAUGUAAAGGAAAAAAAGUUUGUCGUACUCUUAGAUGAGAAUUCAAAUGAUUCUAAUCAACCUUCGACAUCAACGGAUGCAGCUCAACAAACGAAUUUAAACACACAUAAUUUAGAAGCGUUUUUAAACUACAUAUGCCCACAAUGUGGUGUUUCUUGCGGCAAUAUAAAAAAAUGGAAUGCCCACACGGAUAUCGUACACAAUUUUCGUUCCAUUUCAAUACUCAAUUUGAAAACGGUGAUAAGUCGACUAGGUCAAUUAUCUUAUCAGUGCAACUCGUGUGAAAAGAAAUUUAUUUCCGAUGCUCCAUACGGAGUGUUGUUAAAUCAUCGUAUACAACACAUGACGAUUCCAAAUUUUUUGCGUUGUCGUCUGUGUGAGGAAAGAUUUUCCUCACGUCGCAUGUUUAUACUUCACUUUAGGAAAAAGCAUAAAAAGAUUGCGUUAAAAAAGUUGCGCCGCUCAGAUUCAAUAAGAUGCCACAUACGAUACCUGUGUCCUAUUUGUAAGAAAAAGGCAGCAAACUUAAAGGAAUGGAAGAGCCAUUUAGAAAUAGAACACGAUUGGUGUAAUAAAUUGGAUGAAAAAGUAAACGCAAUAAGGGACAAUUUAGUUGAAUGCAAAAAAUGUCUCACCACAUUUCGCGAAAAGCAAAGUCUUUGGCAUUUAGUGCGUCACGAGGAGCACAAACCUUUCCAUUGCAAAAUGUGCAAAAAAAUGAAAUCAUAUGAUAUACAUACAAUUGCUAGACACAUACGUAUAGAACACUUGAAACAACAAUGCAAAACGGAAUACCGUUGUAAUUAUUGUGAUAAGGUAUUUUCAUCUUGUCCACGAAGGAAUAUCCAUAUGAACGAGAUGCAUACAAUUGAAAAAUUAUAUUGUGAGGUAUGUGACAAGGAGUUUAAUUCAAGUUCGCGCCUUUUGACACACAUGGCUAAACUGAAUCACCAAAAAAUUAAAUAAUAAUUCAAAGCCAAAAUUAAA